AGAUCAAGAAAAUGAAGAAACAAAAAUGAAAAGUGAAAAAUCAGAUCAGGAAAAACAAAAAACAAGUAAAGUGCAAAGUGAAAAAUCAAUUAGCACUACAGAUACUAUAAGAAAUGCAGAGAAAAGAUUAAAAAGGAAUCUGAAAAUCUUUGGACUAAAGCUAAAACACCUUCAAAAAGACGGAAACUGUAUUUUUAAAGCAGCUACUGCUAAGUUGAAAGAGAAGAUAACUCCUAAAGAAUUACGAUACAAGGUGUAUCUGCAUAUAAAGGAGAACAUGCAACACUAUGGAGAUUUUCUAGAAGACAAAAACAUUGUUAAAAAAAUAAAGGAGGAUGGACACUGGGAUAGUGAAGCAGGAGAUCUGAUACCUUAUGCCCUCGCCAAUGUUUUAGGACGAAACUUGACCAUAGUUACUAGCAGUUUUGAAAGUGUCUGUAUACCUGUAUAUCUAGGUGAAUGUUUGAAAGAUGAGCCAAUUUUCUUGGCUUAUUUAAAUUACCCAGGCUGUGAGCAUUAUUGUGCUACUAAAUAAAGAAGUGGGGGAGGGAUAUUUUAUACCACAUUAGUGCAUUCUGAAUGAUGCACACUCUAAUGACAAA